AUGUUAGCGCUGAUCGUGCUGGCGGUGGCGGGCAUUGCCCAGAGUGCCGUAUUAGACCCCUCCUUGACAGAGUGGAGACUAAUAGAGAGUAACGAGGAGAGAGUGAUGUUCCCUCUCAAGGAGUACAUCCUGGAGGUUAAAGCUUUCCUACCAGACGUGUUUGACACCAACCCUCCGUACGGGGAGUUGUUCAGAACGGACAAGUCCAGCACUAUGAUGAUGUUGCUUCACGAGGGAAGCUGGAACAGCAAGGUCGGGAGACUGGUUUGGAACACUAUUAAAUACGACAGAGGAUAUGAUGUGAAUGUAGAGGAAUGUGAUGUGAGGUACGAGGCCUACAACUCAUUCCCUGCUCAGGGAAGAAAAGAACAGAUCUGGGCCUGGAACUUCUUUGAAGAGUUUGUACUCCUGACAUGUGAUGGAGAGCUGCAGUACUCGCAGUACUUUAACGAUGGAGACGUCAACCCCCGCAAACCAGGACUACCGGAGAAGUGUGCAGCACUGGGAAGGGCACAAGUUGACAGGAUCGUAUUUAAACACAUGGAAGGGUUCUACAUCAGAGGGAGACCCAUUGAGAGCGAAGAGGCGGCUACCACACCCGGUUUAUCCACUACACCAACAGCGAGUGCGGAACCUGACAACAUUGUGUACGACAAGGAAGUGGGAGCCUGCAGUUGCUGGACACCCGAGUGCAGCUAUUGCAACAACUUAGAGUGCACCGUGAAGCAAGACCUAACCACAUCGGACCAGGGAGUCCAGGUCACCACCAAACUCAAGUGGAAGAAACUCAACACGAUCGUACUCUACGACCAAGCUGGCAAAGAGCUGGGAAAGUUUCGGUUCAGUCUGAGUGGUAUCUACCUGACGGGAUGCAUUGGGUGUCAAGCUCCACGAGCAUUGAGAAAAAUGCGCAAUGUGGAAGGUAAGACUGCAUGGACAUUCGCACUGAAAGACGGAGUUGUCCAGAUAAGGGUGAGCGGUGGGGUGGUAUACGAACAGGAGCUGAUAGGAGAGUGUAAGGAGGUGUACAGUAAGGUGAGAAGAUACGCCUUCUACGACAUGACCUGUGAGGAUACCUUCCUGUACCGAGCUAGUGAGAUGGUAGCCGGCCUCUUCUGGGAAACUCAACCUAACAUCAUAGCAAAUUGA